AUGCCAAAAAUUAUUGAGUUGACAGUGGAAAUAGAUAUACAAAAAGUAUCAUGUCCCGGUGUCUGGUUAUGUCAGGGUGGUCGUGUUUGCCUCACAGUUUUCGCCCUUGGCACCAGCUACCAGACAUGUCUUCUUCCACCAGUCUUUCCUCUUAUGUUCAAGGAUGUAUUUUACUUCAAGAAACGUUUCCAACAGUCCUGUGCACUUAAUAAUAUCUGUUGUUUGCUAAAAGAUGAAACAAUAUACUGUGAGUUGGUACAAUGUGGAACUAAAUGUGUAACAGAAGAGUGUAUGAUUUUAGCGCAGUAUCUCGGUGCCAUGAACGAUGUACUGUUCCCCCCCAACAUGUGCUCCAAUGACGGCGUAGAUCUGCUCAUGAGGAGGUCUAAGCUUUUCCCUGGUAUAUUAUCGCCUAAAAUUGAAAUAGCAACCAAAGUUCGUAUAGAUGAGGUAUGGGACCAACCUUGUCAUGUCGACUCUACUGUUAAAGUACACGCGUGUCAUUGCGGACUGAAGGGAGAAGGAGUUAGACAGAAGCAAGUUUGUCACUCGGCUAGAUACCAUCAAGCCAGGUGCAAUCCAAGAAGGAACUCAGCUUCAAGGUCAUCAUCGAGAUCAAGGUCGCGCUCAGCCAUAUCGACUUCGUUGAACAGUUUAAACAAAAAUGCAGACCACUGCAGUUGUACUAAUUGUAAACAUUACGCUAGGCCUAGACGUCGAUCGGGCUUAUCACAGUUGCGUGAUUAUUAUGUGUACAACGUUCAAACUUCUACUCCCGAACGGGAAAAGUCGCCAAUAGGCAACCAGCCCGAAGGAUAUAGUGAAGAACUGAGCAGAUCCACCGAAGCUUUAUUCGAUGCCGCGGAAAAAGCGCACGGAGGAAACCUAAACUAUGAAGAUGAGGCAAAUAAGGUGACAUUGGAGAGCCGUUAUAUCGACCAAGAAAAUUAUCGCAGGAAAACUGCAAAAGACGUUCCCAAGAUGUACUGCAGGGCUAAGACAAGCCCGUGCGUCUGUGAAAUAUGUAGAAGGUACCAUGAAUUGUUUCAUUCCAAUAAAUAA